AUUCCAAUCUAUUGUAUGCCUUGUCUGUGGUUAUACGUUCUUAUCUAUUUUUAUCAUUUACUUUGACAGAUAAAACGUUUCUGUUUACGUAUUCUUGUCUUAUUCGAAUUCUCGUUAACUUAGCUUACGUCGCAUAUACAAAAAAAUUAUGAAAAAAUAUUUGCCUUUGCAAAAAAAUGUUCACCAUCACUUUUAUCCUUGACCAAUUUUUACCUUUUACUCUGCAUUUAUUAUAUACGCAUUCGUUUUACGUCUUCUGAACAGUUUGCAACUAACAUUACUAAUAGUACAUACAACUAAUAUUUUCGAUCUAUAACAAACAAUGGCACGACCGAUUGCUUACUUAACUAGAAAGGAGGCAAUAUCUAGCUGUCAUCGUUUACACAAUAACAAUUUAACUGAGGAAGAAAAUAAAAAUAUAUAUGGAAAAUGUAACAACUACUGGGGUCAUGGUCAUAAUUAUACAAUUGAAGUUACUGUACGUGGACCUGUGGAUUCUAUAACAGGUAUGGUCAUGAAUUUAACAGAUUUAAAAUUAUACAUGAAGAAAGUAUUGAUGGAUCAGUUAGACCAUAAGAAUUUGGAUAAGGAUGUACCUUAUUUCAAAAAUGUUGUUUCAACUACAGAAAAUUUGGCUAUCUACAUUUUUAAUGAACUUAGAAGUUUUAUGUCUAAUCCAGAUAUUUUGUAUGAGGUUAAAAUUUAUGAAACUGAUAGAAAUAUUGUCAUUUAUAGAGGAGAGAAGGAAACUUAG